UGGCGCUGCCGGGUGGGUGCGGGCAGCGCCGGGACCCGCACCUCCCUCCCCGGACCGGCCUCUCCUGUCCCGGCAGAGCAGCCGGGACAGCCCGGGUUACCCCUCAUGCACCCCGGGUCAUCCCUCGGCUGAGCGCGGCGCGCCCGGUGCUGCUGAGGGGACGGGGGAUGCGCGGGCUCGGCGCUGCCUGAGGGGCAGCGGCUGGGCCGUGAGGGAGCAGGGCUCGGGCUGGGGGUACUGCGCGGUUUGGGGGCUCGGAGCUGUUUAGUUUACGUAAAUACUCGGGUUUGCCAUGGGCUGUGCUCUCCUCACAGGCUGCCUGGAGUUUGUCUUUCUCCUUAAGGCUUUCGAGAUCCCUGCCCCGUGAAAGCACCUGUGCCAUGUGUGAGGAAACAUCGUUCCUUAAGCGGAGAAUCUCAGUCCUGAGGUUUAUUGUCACUGCUGUGUGAGAUUCAGGAGGACCUUCAGAAGCUUAAAAUGGAAAAAACCAACUUGAAAGGAAACGCAGAAGCCGUGGAUUUUUGUGACCUCAGAAAAGCACCUGAAAGGACUGAACUUGGGCUGAGAAAACACGCUGAAAAUUAUUUCAAUGUUAUAAAUGGCCAAGAGUUAACUCUUUCUUCAGCUGGUAAUAAAGAAGUAAAUUCCAAAGAGCCCCCUAAGUGGAAUCCUGCUUUUGGUGCCUGUCAGAAGCAGCUGGUUCUGCCACCAGUGGAGCCCGUGACUGUGCAGGGCUGCAGCAAAUCAGCCCCACGUGUGUGCCAGGGCCCUCAGCAGGUGGAAAUGGAUUUUAAAAUUAUGCUUGACCCAGAGAAUGUGGAUAAUAAAGCUGGUUUAAAACAUCCCAACGAUGAGACCAGGCUGCCUCUUAUAGCUAAGAAAAAAUCUGCUCCUGUGUGCAGUCAGAAGACAGGGAAGGAUCCCACAGCCACCAGCCCUUGGGCUUUGCCUGCCUUCCACUCCCUGGGCUCUCCCUUCCCCCUGGCAGAAGAGGACACCCCAAAAGGUGCCCUGAGCCUCACUGGCCAGAGGCUCAUCCUUCCAGCAGCACAGAGAACUCUGCCAGCCCCUCCUGCUGUGCCCAGAGCAGCUCCUUUCCCUGAAUUCCCCAGGCAGCACAAGAAAUCAGCUCUGGGAGAGAUCAGUAGCAGGCUGGACCCUGAGAACGCAGACACCAUCACCUUCCCAAAGGCAAAGGAAGCCAUUUAUGGCACAUAUUCCUCUAGUAAAGGGAACACUGCACCACUCCCAUCCAGCAAUUCCAUGGUUUCAACAAGGAAAUCAAAGCCAGAGUGGAGGUAUCCAGCUCAGCAGUUGCAAUCUGAGGUGCACAUUCCCCCUCAGACACAGUCCCCACAAUCAGCUCAACCCUUCCAGGAUCCCUGCUUGGAUUGGGACAGUGCUGUUCACCCGAAAGCUCCAGGUGUUCUGGCCCUCCAGCACCUCCAUCAUUCCUCUUGUGGGAGCAUUGUGGGGUUUUUGGAACCCACAGAAAAGCUCCUCAAAGACCACUCUGUCCCCUUGGCCGCCAUCAACAGCCAAAAGUUGGCACAAAUCCCUUUGGACUUGGAUUUUAAAGAGAAUCCCACCAAAAGUGACGUUUUGUCAGUGAUGAAGAACCAGUCAGCUGUGGCAAAGAUCCUAAACGGAGCUGGGCAGAGCUGCGGAGGCCGGGGGGGCAGCGCAGGGGCUGCUGCAGGGAUGCAGAGGUGGGCUCCCAGCCCCGUGCCAGGCCCAGGACUGCAGCAGCAGCGGGCAGCAGGUGUGAUCAGCACUUCCUGGCGCUCCUGGAGUCACCUGGCACGGCUGAGGAACGCCCUGAGGGAAGCACGCCGCAGACACCUGGAGAAUUUCUACAGCAGGGCCAAGCAUCUGGCAGCCAACUGGAAUCGCAUCAGGACCUCCAGGAGGACUAUUAUCCAUAUCCCAUCAUUAGGAUAUUCCCAACACAUCCGUGAGCACAUGCCUGACCUUGCUGUCCAGCAGAACCUGCAGAUGGGGAGGCUCUGUGACAUCCUGGAUGCCAACGUGGACGUCAUCUACAUCUGCCCCCUUGCUCUGAGUGAGGAGUUACUGCAGUAUUACAAUAAACUCCUGGGUCUGCAGGCAGCUGUUAGAUCUGGGAACCCCGAGGACAUGGCUGACCUGCAGGACAGGUUCAAAAUUCUCACCCCUGAAGCUAUAAACAGCUUCCCUGAGCAUCACAUGUGCCUGGCCACUGUGCUCAAGUACAGCCCCAGGACCCUGCAGAGGCUGCAGGUGCUGCUCCAGGGCAGGGAUGCCUACGUGGUUGGGGGUGUUCCCCACCUGGAUGAUUUGGCUGUGGCUGACCAGCUCCAGGUGCCACUUUUGGGCUCAGAGCCAGCAGUGGCUCAGCUCUACAGCACCAAGUCUGGCAGCAAGAGAAUCUUUGCCAGUGCUGGAGUGCCAACCCCUCCUGGAGAGUGGGACAUCCACAGCAGGGAGCAGCUGCUCCGUGCCCUCAGCCAGCUCGUCCUGGACAAUUUGGAGGUGCAGCGCUGGCUCUUCAAGGUGGACGAUGAGCGUGCAGGAGAUGGCACUGCCUUCUGUGAUGUCACUUCCCACCUGGAAUGCUACUCCUGGAUCCAGAGGGAACUGCAGGGACACGGCCCCGAGGUGUGGAGUGAGAGCCAGGCUCGUGAGCUAGCUUUGGUGAAGAUCUCCCAGGAGCUGCCGGGCCUUUUAGCACAGCACGUACAGCCAGUCAAUGAGAAACGAUUCCCUACAUGGGAAAAAUUCCUCCAAACAUUUCUUACUCAAGGUGGGGUGAUCGAAGCCUUCCCGUCCUCGGGCAGUGUCACCAACCUGACGGUGGAUCUGCUGAUAGAGCCAACGGGGGAGGUGACACUGCUGUCAUCUGGAGAUCAGCUCCACGCUGAGGGGCCCCUCAGAUCUUCUGGCACCACCAUCCCACAGCGUUCCGUGGAUCCUGAGGUUCUCAAAGCUCUCUGCCUGAAAAUUGGGGAGGCCUGUAAAUCCAAAGGAGUGCUCGGCUACUUCUCCGUGGACUUCGUGGCUUUCACCCAUCCCCAAACGAGGGAGCAGCAGGUGUGGGCAACAGACCUUGACCUUUGCUACAGUGACCAGCUGGCCCUGAGUCAGCUCCUGGUGUACCUGACAGAUGGAAACCUGGAUUGUGGCUCCAGCAUCCUGCAAGCACCUCUGGGAGCAAAGGAAAGCAAAAGCCAAGGGGUUCAGCACGAGGAGACAAAACCUGCUAAUGAAGUCAUGGGCUAA